GCUCAAUAUCAAAAAAGUUAAAAGUGAAUUAAAGUGCAAUCAAAUUAAAAAUUAUACCUAAAAAGUUAUUAAUUAAUUCAACUGGCGUAGACAACAGGCAAAUGUAUCCAGCAUCCCAAACCAAUGAAAACGCUACCCCUUGACGCGUAAAUAAACGCCGAUAUUUCGAGAAAGAUCCGUUGAAAGAUCCGCUUAGACUUACGGAAAAUGGGUGACACCUUGGACGAGUCACCGCCUACGCGUCGUGAUAAACCGCAAACGUUGAACAUUAGCCCGGAGGAGGCUGCAGUUGUAGCUGCAACUGCAAUAGAUGCUGCCGUCAGCUCCGCCUCUUCGGUCUCCUCCUCCUCCUCCUCCAUGCAUAAUGCGCGCAUUCGCACGUGCUUCGAACGGGAACGGGAACAAGAACGGGAACGGGAGCGCGAUCACUCCAGCGAUGGUCUGACCAAACGGAAUGAUGAGUUUGUUGGCCUGAUGACGCCACCGCGUCGCGAGAGUCUCAACAGCUGCGAGUCGCAACAGCAGACACAAGCGAGCAGUCCCGGCGGCUUUUCCAGCAGCCUCAACAAAGCAUUGGGUCUAAGCAAUCGGGCCCAAACAGCGUCGAGCAGCACAAGCACCGGCAGGUACUCGUCCAGCAGCGUUGUGGUUGGCGGUGGCGUUGGCAAUUUGCCCGGCACCACAACGCGCAAGUGCGUCCUCACGCUGGACGGGUACUCCUAUGUCAUAGUUGCCAGCACGCCGGAGAAUUUGCCAAGCAAACGUGAGGAGGCCAACGCCGGCACAGGUGGCAGCAACAGCAGUGGUGGUGGUGGUGGUGGUGCGGCCAGCGGUGGCAACAGUGGAACUGGCGCUGCUUCCAGUGGUGGUGCAACAUCAGCAGCAACAUCUGGGCCCGAUAACGGUGAACAGAGCCCCACAAGCUGUGACCUGGGCGGCAAUGCGACAAUAAAUGGUCAAGUGGCAAAGCACGGCUCACUCACUAUUGUACGGCGAUCGAAUAGUCGCAAGAAUUUCACACAGAUCGAUUCACAAACUCAAUCAAUCGCCUCGCCCUCCUCGGCCAGCAUCAGUUUCUUCCAGACGCCGCUCAGUGAAUCACUUGCGGAGCGUCUAAGUGUCAGGGGCACUAACGGAUCAUCCGCAACCACUGCGGCUGCUGAUAAGCGUUCCGGGGAUUACACCACAGCAAAAACAUCAACAACAAGCGGCUCAAGCUCAACCGGCAAAAUGCAGCCCUCGUCUCCAAAUCAAACGAAUUUCGCAACCGAUAAUCCACAAAUCGCGAGGUCUACCGACCGACAAACCUAUGAUUAUAGACUGAGUCGCGACACUAUCGAAUAUCCGAAUUCAAUAAGCGUCGGUCCCACUGGUUCAGUUAUUCCCGGUAUUGAUCACUCGUCGGAUCACUCGGUCGAAACGGGCUCAAACUUAUCGAUGUCUGAUAUAUGGGAAACGGAACAUUUGCCACCUGUCGAUACGCCAGAUGCCCUCAAUAAAGCAGCCAUCAGAAUCCGCAGCCUGCUGCGACGCAUGGAUCAUGAGACCGUCGCGUAUGAGGACAUGCAGCGCAAUCUGCAUUAUGCGGCGCGUGUGCUUGAAGCGGUAUUCAUAGACGAGUCAAGAAGCCCCACAUCAGGUAAAAGUAAAUUGGGGCAGAUUGCGUCUUCAUCCGUUGAAAGCGAAGAUGAGCCCGCCAAGCAGCGCUGUAAUGAUGGCAACUGCAAGAAUCUUAACAACAACAACUCCUCAAACAACAGCUGCAGCCUGCAGCACAAGGCAGCGACAGAGGAGCAAGCGUCGCAGUCGCCGGACAAUCAAACAAGCAUAGAGAGUCGUACGAAAGGUGUCUCAUUCGCGCCGCAAACGCACAGUGGACCCACUGGGCCACCAACGGACACGGGAGAUGGAGACGUGGCGAGCAAAACACUCGAAACUGUUAGCGAAGAGCAAGCAAUAGCGACAGCGACGAAGACGGAGACGUCGACAGCAACGGCAACAGCGACGACAACAACAACUACAGCGACGACGACGACGACAGCGACAGGGACUGAUGCAAGUGGUCAAAGUGUUUCCAGCAGUAGCAGUUGCAGUAAUAAAGCGACCGUUCAGCGACAAAGACGCCUGCGCACUCCCGUCUGGGCGAGAUCAAUGUCGACGAAUAAAACGCGCCUGGCCGACGAGGAUGAUGAACUAUCCGAGGUGCAGCCUGAUGCAGUGCCGCCGGAAGUGCGCGAGUGGUUGGCCUCGACCUUCACCCGUCAAAUGGCCACCACUCGCAACAGGUCCGAUGAGAAGCCCAAGUUCCGAUCAGUGGCCCAUGCCAUAAGAGCCGGCAUCUUUGUGGAUCGCAUUUACAGGCGCGUCUCCAGCUCGACGCUGAUGCAAUUUCCUCCCGAUGUGGUCAAGUUGCUAAAGAAUCUCGAUGACUGGACAUUUGAUGUGUUUGCCUUGACGGAGGCAGCGAGUGGACAGGUGAUCAAAUACGUGGCCUACGAUCUGUUGAAUCGUUAUGGGGCGAUGCACAAGUUUAAGAUAGCACCGGGAGUGCUGGAGACGUUUCUGCAUCGGGUGGAGGAGGGUUAUUGUCGCUAUCGCAAUCCAUAUCACAACAAUCUGCAUGCGGUGGAUGUGAUGCAAUCGAUGCAUUAUUGUUUGUGCAACACGGGAUUGAUGAACUGGCUAACGGACUUGGAGAUAUUUGCCUCGCUGCUGGCGGCCUUGUUGCAUGACUUUGAGCACACGGGCACCACAAACAAUUUCCAUGUGAUGUCGGGAUCGGAGACAGCGCUGCUUUACAAUGAUCGAGCCGUGCUGGAGAAUCAUCAUGUGAGCGCUAGUUUUCGGCUGAUGAAGGAGGAUGAUGCCAAUAUAUUGUCGCAUUUAUCACGCGAGGAAUACAAAGAGUUGCGCACUCUCAUCAUUGACAUGGUGCUGGCCACCGAUAUGACCUAUCAUUUUCAACAGCUGAAGAUUAUGCGCAACCUGUUGACGCUGCAGGAGCCGACCAUUGACAAGUCGAAGGCCUUGUCUUUGGUUUUGCACUGCUGUGAUAUCUCCCACCCGGCCAAACAUUGGGAUGUCCAUCAUCGUUGGACCAUGCUGCUGCUCGAGGAAUUCUUUCGCCAGGGCGAUCUUGAAAAGGAACUCGGUUUGCCCUUCAGUCCGCUCUGCGAUCGCAAAAAUACGCUUGUUGCCGAAUCACAAAUUGGCUUCAUCGAUUUCAUUGUCGAGCCCAGCAUGACCAUCAUGUCCGACAUGCUGGAGCAUAUUCUGGCCCCCAUAGCGCCCGUUAUCAAGUCCAAGCCGGCACCAUUGCCCGAGGAGACAUCCUCCAACUAUGAGGAGGACCCCAACGAUGAUAAGAAGCGAAAUGUAUGCGCCAUGACACGCAAGAGUAUUGUUGGUGGCACUCCCAAGUUUACCAUUUCCAAACCCUGGCUGACCUGCCUCACCGAGAACAAGAGAAUCUGGAAGGAGCAAGCCAUCAAAGAUGCCGAGGCACGAGCGCUGGCCGCCGCCGCUGAAGCAGAAGCCGAAACCGCGGCCGAAGAAGAAAAGCCCGCAGCGGAAACGGAAACGGCAGCUGACGAGCAGAAGGAAACGACAACAGAGGGCGCUGCUGACAACUGAAUAACUGUACUUGUCUCUAACUGAAAUACUGUAGUCAAAUAAGUCGCAUAAUCAUAAGCAGCAAUCUAUUAACAAUAGAUCAAAUAUAAACUUAAAUAAUAUAUAGACGUCUAAAACCGCACCGACAGCUAAGUAGUAAAAAAAAGCAAAGCUGUACAACUGAAUAAUUCCAUGAAAACUAAGUCCCGUGUUGAUUAAUGUUUAGUAGCAGCUUAAUUUACGCGCAAUAGAUUCAUGUUAGUAGAUGAUGAUCAAUCAAAAUAUCAGAUAUAUGUACCAUAUGCGAUAUAUGAAUGUAUAAUUUGUCGUUGCAAUUAGUUGUGUUAGUAAAUGGCAAAAAAGUAAAAUAUUAAAAGUAAUAACACUAUAUGCAAAUAUUAGCGCAUUGCACAGCACUAGCAGGAACUCUGUAAAUAGGCGGCAUUUGUUGUAGGGUAUUUUUUCAGCAAUUGAUAAGCAUUUAAUUAGCUUAAUAUAUAUAGUUUUGUUUAUAUUUAAAUCAAAGUUUAUUCUUUAACAAUAUGUAUAAUUUCUUAAGUUUUUUCAACUAUUGUAUGAUUUUCUUAACUCUUCUGUAUGUUAAUUAUUUAAUUAAAAACUUUACUUUUAUGUAAUUAUUGAACUUUUCUUUGUUUACAUUUGUUUUGAAACUUUGCUCAAUUUUUGAAGAAGCAACCGACGCCAAGGGCUGUCUAGAUAGUAUUAAGUACCUAACUAAAAUACCUGACAAAAACUAAACUAACUAAAUAUAUAUAUAUAUAAAGAAGAAAAGAAAAAUGUAAAUAUCUCUAAACAACCUCUAACAGACUUUCUAAAUAUUUACUUGAAUUUCCACUCAAUAUAAGCACAAGGCUACCUACUUAACAUAUUAUAUAUAUAUAUGAAUGUUAAGAAUGAAUAUUUAUAUAUAUAUAUAUAUACUAAGUUAUAUUGCCUAAUAUGGCACACUACACCCUAUUAAAAGAGUGUUGAUUGUCACCAUAAGCAUAUUUAUUUUUAUACGUGAACAAAAACCGAAAAAAAACCAAAAAAUGUGUGUAACUACAACAAAUUUAUAUGUUAAACACUUUUCUUUUGAGUUCAGUUCUUGUGUGUUUUUCUCGUAUUCGAAGAAGAAUCCAAACUAAAAUGUUUUAAACGUUUUUUCAAAAUGUCUGAUAGCGGGACCAUUCUUUUAAGAUUUACCAUUGCUCUUUGCACAAAGACAGUUGAUAGUUGACCAUUGAUUGACAAUCGGCGAUUAAUGAUUGAUAGCACUAGCGAGUGCACGGGGAUAACCCUUAUUUUCGUCAGGCUAGGGGCCGGGGCAAAGGGCAAUGGUAAAUGUGCUUAGCAGUAAGGUACCAAAUUAUCAGCUGAAAUUGGGAUCAUAGCUUUAUUAAGGUAGUAAAUACUCGUAAUUGACUACUGUAGUUGGUAACAACAAACCGUAUGACAUACAUACAUUCCAUGUAUGUAUGUUUGUAUGUGUGGUGUAUGUGUAAAUGCCGUAUUAACCAUAUUCGAAAAAAAUCAACAAAAUACAGUUAGUAACUUACAUAGCAUAUGUAUGUAUAUUUAAUCUUAUACUUAUGUACUUAGCUGCAACAAAUACUCUACCAUAACAUACAAUAGAUGAGAUACAUAUACAUAUGCAUAUAUACACAUACAUAUAUUACAACAAAUACAUAACCUAUAUGUACAUAUAAUAUAUACUGUUAAAAAUAUCAAUAUCGAAAUAAUUGAAACGCUCAAAGCGAAUAGGCAAAAUCAGAGUUAUAGUCGGUUAUUAUUAUUAGUAAGGGUCAGUUUCUUCUAUAUGUAUGUUUAAAUCUGUACAAAAAAUAAUCAAUAAUCAAAGGCAUAGGUCGAAUUCGAGGUCCUUUGCAUAUCCUUUAGUUGCUUGGCUAAUUAGAGAAAUAAAAUUGUUAUAUUCUCUUUGUUAUUUAAACAACAUAUACUACAUUCAAGCAUACAUAUUGUCUUAACGUUAUUAGCAAAAUGUAGUCUUGUAGCAACAACAAAUAUUAAGCAUACAUAUGCAUAAAAAUAAGAAUUUCUGACUCCAUAUAUAAGUAUUUAAACACAUAUUAAAUACGAAUUAUUAUUAUGCACAAAUUUUCAAGAAAUCUUUCUUAAGGAAACGAUAGAAAUGAUUUCCUAUCGCUAUUCCUUCUCAAACAUUAUCAGUAGUCAAGUGCAAGUCAAUAUAAUAAUAACAACAAUAAUAUACACAUAUAUUUAUAUGCAUAAAAGUAUAUGAGUUAAAAGCAAUCAUUACAUUUAAAGAAAAAAAAUACUAUGGGAAAUAAAACAAUAUAAAAUACUUAACCAACCAAACCAAACUAAGAGUAUGUGAGUUUUGUGUAAAUAAAAGUGCACAGUAUGUCGUGCAAAUUUAUAAAGAUAAUCUACUGUAAACAAGCACCAUAACUUAUUACAUUCCUACAAAACAAAAACAAACAAACAUUCAGCACGCUAAACUGUAAAUAAUUUUGUUUCAUUUUCAACUAACCUUACAAGAUUUUCGCAAAA